ACAACUCUUCAAGCUUUUCAAGAAAAAAUAAACGAUAUCUAUCUCGAAUAUGCAAAACAGUACAACAUUGACGAGGGAGAGUACCAUCUCGAUAUUAUAUAUGACAGGAAAAAUGCAACUGUUAAAAUCAAUAGAAUAGAAGACCUUGGAGAAAACGUUUAUAUUUCUACAAAAUAUAACAACUUGGCAUGGUAUAGAUUUUUGAGGAUGUUAAAUCAGCCUGCAGAAUAUCCAGUACACCCAGACUUUUAUGAAGUCGGAAACCCUAAUGGAACAUAUGAAAAUGUUUUCGACUCAGAUGCUAUUAUCGUUCAUGCUUCAUUUUCUGGUGCACAAAACUCUUUUUUAUGCUUGGCAAAUGACUUUUACGAAAAACCUACAAAGCUAUAUGAACCACCAAGUGGAAGUAUUUCAGACUUUCAAGUAUGGUUUACAACAGAUGGAAGAAAGAGAAUAAUUCCAUUAUACCAUGCGUUUUACUUAGAACUUAGUUUCAUAUACAACUACUAUCGAACGGUAAAAAUAUAA